UCUGACAGUCUGUGCUGUUGACAGUUAGCGGUCCCCCCUUUCCACUAUAAUUUUCAUUCAGUUUAAAAUUGCAUUUCUCGUGUGUGGUUGUACUGUGUUAUAGUUUUACAAUAACCAUCAUCUUACAGGAAUAACCGACAUUUAAUUCAUUUACCUUGUACUUUUACCGAAGCAAUCAUGUUGGACGUACUAGCCGAUGUGCUGCAGCCGUACAAGGAGGUGGUGGGUAACACCGCCGCCAUCGUCACGGUAGGCCAGAUGUUCUCCGGCUCCUUCAUCUGCUGGGACAUCUACAAGCAGGGAGGCACCAGGGGUAUUGGCAUCAUGCCCUUCCUUGGUGGUAUUAUUAUGAGCGUUCUCAACUUGAAAUUCGGCUACAUUCUCCGCGACGACAAGAUGAUCCAAGUGAACUUGGUUGGUUUGGCUCUCAACAUCAUCUACACUAUGAUAUACUUCAACUACACACAUGAGAAGAUGAAGGUUUGGGCGCAGAUCGGUCUCUCGGGUGCAUUCUCUGCUGCUCUGAUUGGUUAUGCUCAAAUGGAGGAUCCCAAGCUGGUUGAGAACAGAUUUGGAACUAUCAUCACCGCUUUCAUGUUCUAUUUGAUCGCCUCACCGCUGUUUGGACUGAAAGAAAUAAUCAAGAACAAGAGCACUGAGGGCAUGCCGUUCCCCAUCAUCCUGUCAGGAUCCGUCGUGACCUUCAUGUGGCUGCUGUACGGCAUCAUACUCAGGAAUAAGUUCCUUGUUGUACAAAAUAUUGUAGCUGUAGUUCUGUGCGGAUCGCAACUGGCUCUCUUCGUGAUCUAUCCUUCGAAACCGAAGGGCAAGGAAAGGAAGCCCAAAGCUAAGAAAGCCGACUAAAUCAAAUAGGUAGGACAAAACACAAUGUUGCCUCGUUAGGAAGUAGGUAGUCUAAUUUUUCUAACCUAUCUUUUACGAGACUGCGCCGUAGCUCAAUUUAUUUUUAAUAUAUAUUAAAUCUUUAUAUUUAUACAUGACGUAUAAAUUGCAUUUUUUAAUAAAUAGCAGACGAUAGGUGAGAAAAACUAGGCUUGUAAUUAGUGAAAAGUCUGGACGAAUUGUAUGGGUAAAAAGUUUUUAUAUGGCUUCUGUGAAAGCCUAUGAUAUUUUCUUCCGUUAUUUUACGCGUUUGAUAGAUUUUUAUACUGUUAUUCAUUGAAAUGAUUAAAAAUAUUAAAAUCUGUUUUGAACUUCUUUUUAAAAUCCUUUUUUUAUAUCAUGUUAGAUUUAUUUGUAAAUAACAUUCCAUUUUGUGGGAUAGUUAUAGAAAAAUAAUAAUGAAAUCCCGGUAUGUACGAGUAAAAGUAACCUUAGUAAUCAGUAACAAAUAAUAUGUAUUUUAUGAACCUUAAUAGUUGUACAAAGUGUGAUAUACAUAUGUAUAAUCAUAGCGUGUUUUGAUCAAACUUACAUUAUAAUACUGUAUUGAUAUCUAAAGCAUAAAUUAUUCUGAUAUUGUACCAUUGUUAUGGUUUAUUUAAGUUUUCCUUGGUGGCCAUGAAAUGAUAACCAUGCUAGAUCCAGCAGAUUAUGGUCUUGUAACCACUAACUACCCAGUUUCCAUUUAACAAUAAGGCUUAUACACCAUGUCUUUUAAUGAUACGGAAUAACUUAGGCUUAGAUAUCAAUAUAGCCAGUUGUGUUGAAAGCACUGAGCGCCUGGUUAGACUGGGAGCGGGACCUCAACGAAGUUGGGACCUUAUACUGAACAACGCAACGUUUAAAACCGAUCCACAUCAAACUGUGGUUUAAACUCGGUUUUACUGGUGUUAGAAUCGGAUUUAAAAGUACCUAAUUAAUGCCAGAAUUAUCCGAAAUAAAAUGACGGAUAAGCUGUAAAAAGUACACUAAAAUGAAGUUGAUAUAAUUCAGUUGUUUUUAAUCUAAGUUUAAAGUGUGUAACGUCUUUUUAUUCAUAUUGUAAAUGCUCAAUAUCAAUCAAGUAUUAAUUUUCUGAGUCACAUUUUGUAGAAUUAGUAAUAUGUAUAUUCACUUGGUCUCACGGACUUAUGUCAAGAAGCUUAGAGGUAUACUGGACGUCGCGCUUGAAACAAAAAGCAUUGCAAUUUUUGAAUAGAAAUAUUUAUUUCCCCAACACCAAAAAUCGCAUCGCGUCAAUUACAUAGUUCUUGAAGUACCUAUUCCUUGCUAGAUUUACUACAGUUACUUAAUAAGCUUCUUGACAAAUACCAUUUACCUCGUUUGCUGUAAAUAUUUAUAUGUUAUAACAAAUCUUUGUGUCAAUACGUAUAUCAGUUAUAUCAGUGUUGCCGUAUUUUUAAUAUAAUCCUCAUGUUGUGAUAUCAAACCUGUGAGAUUGUAAAAUGAAAUGAAAUAAACUUUUUAUUAUAA